CCUGAGAAAAACGCAUUCUUUGUAGCAGACCUGGGAGUCAUAAUGAGGCAGCAGGUUCGCUGGCGAACUCAUAUGAGUCAAAUUCGACCCUACUAUGCUGUCAGAUGCAACAGCAGUCCAGCUGUGAUUGAAGUUCUUGCUGCCUUUGGCUCGGGCUUCACAUGCACCAACAAGUCUGAACUUGAGCUGGUGCUGAGUCAUGGUAUUCCCCCUGAAGACAUCAUCUACAGUGGUGUUUGCAAACAGCUCUCCCAGAUCAAAUAUGCUGCUAAAAAUGGCAUUGACCUCCUGGUGUGUGAUAACAAAGCAGAACUGCACAAGAUUUCUCGCUGCCACCCCAACGCCAAGCUGCUGCUACAGGUGACAACAGAUGCUGCCAACCCUGGCGAUGAGCUGAGCAUGACGUUCGGCUGCUCCCUCAAGGACUGCAGGCACCUGCUGGAGAGUGCUAAGGAGCUGGGUGUGCAGGUGGUAGGAGUCAGGUGUCACAUUUCUAGCUGCUGUAAGGAUGAUCAGGUGUUUGUUCACGCCAUCUCUGAUGCUCGUUGUGUCUUUGAUAUGGCAGAGGAAAUUGGCUUCAGCAUGAACAUUUUGGACCUCGGAGGUGGAUUCAGUGGUUCUGAGAGUCAGCUGGAGAUGAUUAACAGGGCGGUCAUGUCCAUGGUGGAUUUAUACUUUCCUUCUUCCACUGGCGUUUCCACCAUUGCUGAACCUGGCAGCUUCUUUGUGUCGUCUGCUUUCACCCUGGCUGUCAACAUCGUCUCGAAAGAGGUGGUAGCUCGUGACUGCCAGGACCUGGACCCUGACGAGCUGUCCCCCAACGAGGAGCCUGAGUUUCAGUACUACAUGAAUGAGGGCGUUUAUGGCUCAUUCUCCAGCAAACUGUGUGGAGCUCUAAUCACAGCCCCGUCUGCUUACAAGAAACUGUCUGUGGAUGCUGCGGUGUUCAGCAGCAGCCUCUGGGGUCCCUCUGGGGACGACCUGGACCAGGUGGUGGAGCACUGUGUGCUCCCUGAGCUCAGUGUAGGAGACUGGCUGCUGUUCACACAGGCGGGGGCCUACAGCCUGGGCCAGCCACUCCUCACCUCCGAUGACUCAACACCACCACCCGUCUACUACACCAUAUCUUCUAGAGACUGGUUUGAAAUGCAGGAGUCUGGUGGCACCCAGGAGAAUACACUGAAGAACUUCUCAGUCAUCCCUUACUGUCUUAGUUCCUGUCAAACAGAGGCUGCUCUGUCUGUUCCAGCUUAGCAAACAGCUAAAGCUUUUCACGUCUCGUCCUGGUUUAUGCUGCUAGCACCCUCUAAUAUUCACUUCACUGGGAUGAACUCAACCCAUAGUCUAGAUUAACGCUGGAACUUUCUGGGACCAGACACAGUGUGUAACACGUGAUUGCACGUGGAAAAGCACAGCAAAGGUCAAACUGAAUCUAACAAAGUGCAUGAGACCAGAAAAUACACACAAAUUCACAGAAAAUACACGAGUCACGUCAUUAGGCAAGUGGUUAUAUGUAUCAUGUAUAUUGUGUUGUUCCGGUCUCUAAAGUAAGAUUUAUACUGAAACACAAGUUUGAGAUGUUUUGUGGAGCUUUGCUACAUGUAUUUAUAUUUUAUUUGUUGGAUAAUUUAUUAUCUAAUACAAGAGCUCAGUUCCAUGAUUACUCAUAAAAUCUGUUCUUAUAUUUUAGUGUUUUUAAAUGGAACACAAAACUAAAACUGGUUGUGUCACCACAUCCGCUCAUUCCAGGAAAGUACAGUCGGCCACUGGUGUGGUUAGAAAGCAAAGUGUUGGGUGUUCACCAGUCAACUGGUGUUUUAGUGUUUUCCUAAAGUGCUGAAUCAAGUGAUGGGCCAGCAGGAACAGCGCUGAGAACAUGUUCUUACACAAUUCUUGUUUCUCCCUCAAAUAACAUCAGACAGAGAUAACCAGAGUAAAAACAAAAUGCAGUUUGUAAAGGAUUGUAUUUAUUAGGAGAAACCACCGUGGUCCUGUGUGGAAAAGUAACUGCCCCUAAAUCUAAUAAAUGCUCCACUUUGACAUGAACAUCUGUAAUCAAACAUCUGUGGUAGCUGGCAGUGAGGGUUCCACCCGGUGGUGAGGAAUGAGAUCAGAUCAUCGUCCUGCAGAACCAAGUGAGCUCGAUCCAGAUGUUCUGACAUCGUCCUUCAGAAUGUUCUGGUAGAGCAGAGUCCAUGGUUCCACAAGUUACAGCAACUCUUCCUGAAGCAGCCCCAGACCAUCACGCUGCACCACCGUGUUGAACGGUUUGAUGUUCUCUGAACUGCAGCGUUGGUUUUUACACCAGAUGGAAUGGGACGCACACCUUCCACAGAGCUGCACGAGAGUCUCCUCAGUCCACACUAGUUACACAAAGUUCUUUCUGCCUUGAAACUUUCUACUGGAGGCCAUUUUUGUUUCUUUCCUAUUGUUGACCCUAACGAAGGCCAGCAGGGCUUUAGAUGAUCUGGGGCUUUUGGGACCUCCUGGGUUGAGGAGCUCUGGGAGUGAUUCAGUCGUCCACUCCUGAAGGUUCACCACAGUUCUUUGUUUCCUCUGCAGUUAACUUGCAUGAUUUAUUGGAUCUGCAGGUCUGACUGUAAUCAGGUAAUCAUUGUGGCAGUAACACUGAACAUAACUAAAAAAAAACAUAGAACAGUUAAUGUCACACAAUGGGACUAUUUUUAUUUUUACAGAGUGCCUGCUUGGUUUGGAUAAUAUUUAUUUUUCCUUUAAUAAGUUGAUCAUUCUUUGAAAACGGCAUUUUGCAUUUACUGAGGUCAUUUCUGUCUUUGACUCCUCUGAAGCAUUUAAAGCAGAAACGAGAAAUCUAAACGAGGCUAAUGUUCACAGCGCUGACAGCUGUGCCACCAGAUACUAAAGCAGAACUAUUAGACGCAUGUGUUGCAGGUGGAACAGGGAACGUGCUGAUGGUUACUGGACCCGCUGACAGAAAAUGGGAUUUAUUUAAAGGGCAGUUACACAAGAAAGUUGACAGUAGUAGUGUUCUGUAUGUAUUUCAUCAUGUCGAAGGAAUUGGACUUGAUUUUGUGACUGCAGAUCUAUUUGCACAGCAUGUGUUGUAUCUGUGCUGUGUCCUGAGAACAAUAAAUGAUCAGGCCUGCUUCAAGUUGUUGCUGUGUCAUAAUGAACAAUAAUAAAAACCUUAUUGACUUGAGAGAAAACCACAGCAUUUUAUUUUCAAAUAACUUUAAUGUUGCACAUAAAGUCACAGAACCGA